AUGUCGCGAUACUUCCGUCCGGCAGCUCGACUAGCUGUCUCCGCCCGCGCCGCCGCCCAGGUGACUGCCGCCCCUCGAACUCUCCCCCGAUUCUCCCCCGCCGCCUCUGCCCUCGCCGUCUCGCGUCAGCAGAGGAGGACAUACGCCGAUGCCAAGGGAACCAAGGAGUAUACCGUCCGCGAGGCCCUCAAUGAGGCCAUGGCCGAGGAGCUCGAGGCCAACGACAAGGUAUUCAUCCUCGGCGAGGAGGUUGCCCAGUACAACGGCGCCUACAAGGUCACCAAGGGCCUGCUCGACCGCUUCGGCGACAAGCGGGUCAUCGAUACCCCCAUCACCGAGAGCGGCUUCUGCGGUCUGGCCGUCGGUGCGGCGCUGAGCGGUCUGGCUCCCAUAUGUGAAUUCAUGACCUUCAACUUCGCCAUGCAGGCCAUCGACCAGGUCGUCAACAGCGCGGCCAAGACGCUCUACAUGUCGGGCGGCAUCCAGCCCUGCAACAUCACCUUCCGCGGGCCGAACGGGUUCGCGGCCGGCGUCGCGGCGCAGCACUCGCAGGACUACAGCGCCUGGUACGGGUCCAUCCCGGGCCUGAAGGUGGUGUCGCCGUGGUCGGCCGAGGACGCGAAGGGCCUGCUCAAGGCGGCGAUCCGGGACCCGAACCCGGUGGUGGUGCUGGAGAACGAGCUGAUGUACGGGGUGUCGUUCCCGAUGUCGGAGGCGGCGCAGCGCGACGACUUCGUGCUGCCGUUCGGCAAGGCCAAGGUGGAGCGGGCCGGGUCGGACCUGACGAUCGUGUCGCUGUCGCGGACGGUGGGGCAGUGCGUGGCGGCGGCCGAGGGGCUGAAGCGCAAGUACGGCGUCGAGGCCGAGGUGAUCAACCUGCGGUCGGUGAAGCCGCUCGACGUGGAGGCGAUCGUGCGGUCGGUCAAGAAGACGCGCCGCCUGCUGUCGGUCGAGUCGGGCUUCCCCUUCGCCGGCAUGGGGGCCGAGAUCCUGGCCGUCGCGAUGGAGUACGCGUUCGACUACCUCGACGCGCCCGCCCAGCGCAUCACCGGCGCCGAGGUGCCCACGCCCUACGCCCAGGGCCUCGAGCAGAUGAGCUUCCCGACCGAGCAGCUCAUCGAGGACUACGCCGCCAAGCUGUUGCGGGUAUGA